AUGAGCACGGCACUCGACAACUACUUUGCAGCAUUGAAACUCGAAGUAGGAGUGAGCAACGUCGCUGUUGUCCAAGACCGUGCUAUCCAAAGAACCAGAAGGCCUGCCCCCGAGCGAAAUAAUCCGCAACAAGCCCUCAGGCGGGACGCACUAACAAGAACGUCCGCCGCAAAGUUUUCCAUUGAUGAAUGCGAUGAGCCUCUCCAUUGCCCUUCGCGCCAAAUGAGCUCGGACUUUUCCUCUCAAAGCUUCAGCGCUGAUGACCUUGAAGUGCUGGUGAAUCUAAGCUCUGGUUCAGUUGAAGCGCUGGGGGUGAUCAUCGAUGACUCUUGUCGAACACCAUCUGUAAGCAAGGACAAUGUUGCACUGGAGAAAACAGCAGAUUCGAGAUGGUCAUCCGCAACAUUCCAAAAGAAGAACGACUACCCUAUUCAUUCAGAAGUAUGUUGCGAGUAG